AUAUUGCUGCGGAAGCUUCGAAUUUACGGUAUGGAUCAAUUAAGUCUCGAAUGGUUUCAGUCUUAUUUGACCGGUCGAUCUCAGAAAUGUAAUGUUAGAGGUUGCUUGUCAUCAUCUGCAUCAGUUACACGUGGUGUACCACAGGGAAGUAACUUAGGACCAUUACUCUUCCUUGUGUAUAUUAACGACCUUCCUAAUUGUCUCAGUGCAGCAGUACCGAGAAUGUUUGCUGAUGAUACGAACAUUAGUUAUGCGGCCAACACUAUCGCUGAACUAGAAAAUGUUAUUAAUUCGGAAUUAAAAAAAUUGAAAAGCUGGUUGGAAGCGAACAAAUUAAGCCUUAAUAUCGCCAAGACAGAAUUUAUGAUAAUAGGAUCUCGACAACGUAUGCAUGCGCACACUAACGAAAAUAUCAAUAUUGACCUGGAUGGUCAUGUGAUUAAACAAGUUGAUGAGGCAAAAUCACUAGGUGUAAUUAUUGAUAAAAAUCUGUCUUGGUCUAAACACAUUGAUAUGAAGUGUAAAAAGAUUUCUUCCGCUAUAGGUGCUCUUAAGCGAAUAAAACCAUUUAUAUCAACUGAAACAGCAAUCCAAAUUUACAACGCUAUAAUUCAACCUCACUUUGAUUACUGUAGUCCCAUUUGGAACGAAUUUGGCGCAACAUUAUGUGAAAAAAUGCAAAAAUUGCAGAAUAGAGCUGCUAGAGUGAUUACGAAAUCCAACUACGAUGUCAGCUCUAGCAUUCUCUUAGAGAAACUGCAUUGGGACAAUCUUUCCUUACGUAGGAAAAAGCACAAGUCUAUACUAAUGUUUAAAACUAUCAAUAAGCUAACGCCAGAGUAUUUACAAAACAUGUUUACAUUUCGCAGCACAGAUUAUAACUUAAGAAAUGCAGAAAUGAAGCUAAAUUUACCAAAACCACGUACGGACUUUAUGAAGCGUAGUUUCUGCUACAGUGGAGCAAGUUUAUGGAAUGCGCUUCCUCAAACUGCACGUACGUCCAAAUCAUUGAGGCAUUUCAAAAAUGAAAUUAAUCAAUUCUUGACAUUAUAAUGGGAUCCCCACACGGCAAUCUUGGAAAACAGUGCAUUUUAGUUAGGAAAUUAGUGUGUAUAUAGUAAUGUGUGAAAUUUAUUAAUAGUUUUUGUAUUUUAUUCUACACUGAAGAUUUUACCGUGUUUAAAUAAAUGUUCAAUGUUCAAUGUUCAAUGUUGACAUUUUCAUUGAUGUUUAAAGUACGAUGACUUUGAAAACAUCGUAAAUACACGUACUCACUGGUACAAAUUUUAAAACUGUUUUGUUCUACACAAAUUUUUACCCAGUUUUGUGAAUGUUAUUCUAGUCUAUAUAGCCAAUACGCGUAAUUUUUACCGUUUUUUUAAUCGCGCGCCUGACGUUAAUAUGGCGCGCGAUAUGCCGCGCGCCUGCCCAAAUACUUACGGCCAGGCCUGCCCCAAAGGGGCCGAAGUUAUGUUCGGCAAAAUGUAUGGCUAGUUUACAUUGUUUGUUGUAUUAUGAAAUAUGAUACUAUACUUGUAUUAAAAUUCGCGUCGAACUAAUGUAAAAUCAACGAAACUGUGUAAAAUAUAGGUUGAUCCCUCUGUGAAAAGCCGCCAUUCGGAAUUGUGCGCGUGCGUACAAGUGUAUAGGCUAAUAAAGGAAAAAUGUACCACAAGCAUGGCAUGAGUCGGCUAUUACGUACAUAUAUACGAGCUUAUUACUAUACUAUCUAAAUCAUGGAACCGAGGGAAUCGAUGGCAUUUUGGCUUAAUGGUUGCACCCUGAGCCUGCGAUGAGCUAACGCAAACUCGAUUUCUCGACUACGAAAAAAACAGAAAAAGGGAGAUUUAAGACACUUGGCCUUACAGGCCAGUGUAACAAGAUAAAAACAGAGACGGAUUUUCAUAUUUUCGUUCGGAGGUGGUGGAUAAAUAUCGGGGUGCUGCUGCUUGCUUUGGCCGGGGCGUGGUGGCAACGCCCAGAAAGGCCAAGGAAAAAGUUUAACAAAAUUUGUUUUCUAGGCCUGCAUGACGAGACCUGAGACCAUAAUAUUGGUAAUUUUACAACUUUAGUAGUAAGAAUAAUCAUAUAUGAAACUAUCAAAUCAAAAUAUAUGUAAUUUUCAGGGGUGCCAAAUGCCUUUGGGGGUGGGGUGCAGAUCAUUUCUGGGGGGGGGGGGGCGCACCCCCCAGAUAAAAAAGUUCAAGCCAUUUCGACUUUAUUUUAAGGUCAUUAUGAUAGAAUUACUAGAAUCCUUUACAAGACUGGUUAAUAUUCGGAGUGUUUCAUCUUAUAUUCCGCGAAAUGCUUGCUGCUGCUAAAGGAUAUUCUCGUCCAACUGCUAUUACCUUUUUAGAACACAAUGACUGUUGGGCUAAAAACACAUCAGCCACAAGACGAAGCGAGUUUUAUAUCAAAGAUUUUUAUUUGGUGGAUUUUCCCGCUUCUAUGGAAAGGCGUUCGAAAUCCUCUGAAUCACGAAGACCUAUAUCCGAUCAGAGAAGUGGACAAAUCCGGUCAGCGGACUAACCUGUUAGAAGAAAAAUGGUGCGAAGAAAUAUUAUCCGCGCGGAGUCUGGGCAGAGAACCUAAACUUUGGCGGGCAAUAUUGAAAUACUACACUUUACAGGAAUAUCUCUUUUUUGUGCCCCUUGUUCUAGCUAGUCUCUUGGGCGAUAAUAUAGUUUGUUUUGCAACCAUCAAUCUGUUGCGUCAGCUCACUAAUUUCUAUGACAACGAGUCACAUGGUGAAUAUUUCGUCUACAUCUACGGCAUAGCGAUUGGGUGUUUGAUGAAGCUGAUUGGUCAAAAUUAUAUGUACUUUUACGGAAAUGUCCUAGGAGUGCGAGCACGUGCAGCCAUUUUGGGUUUGCUGUAUAGAAAGGUAUGGUCACAUAAUCUUGUCCUACGCCACAAUUGACAUUGUUAUUGUUAUUGUUAUGUUAAAGUUACAGUACGUCACACUUACAAUGACGUAUUCUGAUUAGCAUUAUUAAUAUGUUAAAGUUACAGGAAGUACGUCACAUCAGACAGUGACGUAUUUUGAUUGACAUUCGAACAGUGUUGACAAUAUAAAUAUAUUAAGGCCCGCUCGGCGCUUGCGAACAUCUGUGAUUUCGUGUUGUAUAAUAUAUCCUUUAUAUUGUGUUAUUCGUCUUGAGUUUUCUCUUAUUUACUGGCGUGGUGGCAGCGGUCCAUUACUGAGAAUUUCAAUAUAGUUCUCAAAGAGCUCCGAUAAAGUGGAAUAGCUCAACAAAUACAAUCAAAGUCGAUAAGAAAUUACUCUCAGACAACAAGUCGAAGACGAAGCAGCUUGCAUCUGUAGCUGUUAAUACGACACAUAUUUACGAACAAGAUAUGGCUACAAGUCGAGCUCCCAAACAGUGGGCCCUGACAAAGCAGGAAACUAUCACUUCAUACGAAGCCUGGCGCCAAAAUCUUCAAUACACUCUUGCCUUAGACCACAACUUCGCCGUAUUUUUACUCGAAGACACAACAUGGCUGCGAAAGACUUCUACGGCCCCACUACGUGGUCUCGAAAACGACGGCGAAGGCGUUCCAGAAGCCAGCCGACGUACAGCCGCCCAAAAGCUAACUCACUUGGAGUUAAUGCUCGGCCAAGUAGCCAAUUAUUGUCCCGUCAUUGCACGAAACACAAUCGUUAAGAACUCAACAUCUACUGUAUGAGGACAAUUUGGCAAGCAAUUCGUGCACAUUAUGGCUUUCAGUCCACCGGGGCACAUUUUCUCGAUUUUAAUAACAUUCGUUUAGAGCCUGACGAGCGCCCCGAGGACUUAUAUCAGCGACUUCUGAGUUUUAUCGAUGACAAUUUACUCACAGCUAAUGGUAAUAUCCGACAUCACGGCGAAGACGUUUCCACGGACGAAGAAUUAACACCCUCGCUUGAAAACGUAAUUGUACUGACAUGGUUGCGUUUAAUUCAUGCAGAUUUGCCCACUUUAGUUAAGCAACGUUACGGGACAGAACUCCGAUCACAGACACUAGCCAGCCUCAAACCCGAAAUAUCUCAAGCUUUAGACGCCCUCCUCGACGAAAUUCAUUCUUCAAAUGAGGCUAAAGUUCUACGCACAGCCUUUCGACGAUCCUCACAACAGCGUGACAAUCGUAGUGCGUCUUCCCAGCCCAGUAACAACAAGGGAGGGGCAACCAAGUGCUGUCCCAUAUGUAAACAAGCUAAAAGAUCGCAGUUCCAACACUACUUAAGUAAGUGCCCAUUUCUUCCUAACGAAGACCGUCAAUAUUUAACUCGCACACGACAGGUCAUUGUUGAUCAACAUGAACCGUCUGAUAAGUCAGACUCAGAGCCAGAACCAGAUGACCACUCCUGUUUCAAGAACAAUCGGGUCAAGUCUACCGCCUACCGAGUUAGCACAAAACAAUCCCCGCACCUGAAAGUAUUCCACAACCACCAUGCGGUACAACUCACUCUUGAUACUGGCGCCGAAACCAGUAUGAUUAAGUCAUCUAUUGCCCAACAAAUUGGCGCCACUAUCCAAAAAAAAAACAAACAGCUCUACAGGCUGACGGAAUUACUCCACUAAGCGUUGUUGGUGAAGUCCAUCUGGAUUUAUCACGUAACUCCCACACCCUCCAUCUUGAUGCCCUGGUCGUAAACAAUUUAGACGUUGACGUUUUGGCGGGAACCCCCUUUAUGGUGACCAAUGACAUUUCCAUUAGACCCUCGAAGCAACAAAUUACAAUCAAGGGUACAGACGUCACCCACUACAAUACACAUCUCCCCAAUCGGAAGGAACACCUUGUUAGACGUACCCAGGCAUACGUUCUUCGAGCUCCACCAACUCCUACAGUGAUCUGGCCCGGUGAAUACCUAGAGAUUCCCAUUCCUCGUGAAAUUGACCCAGAUAGCACCCUUGCCGUGGAGCCACGCCCAGAUUGCCCUAAAUCCGUGAGUGAUUGGCCAUGCCCACAUAUUCUCGAAGCUGUCGCAGGACGAGUCCGCAUACUGAAUGAUACAUCAAUAGUUAAGAACAUAUCCCGUCAUGAACAUUUUUGCCAAGUUCGUUUGACCCAGACUCUAGACCCCAAGGAGAACACACUCCCCUUCCCUCAGCAUCCUAUGCCACAUGUCACCCCUAAACCUCUUGCAUCCUCACAUUCUUCUUGUGUAACCGUGGAUCCCGACAACAUUCUUCCACCCACCACCCGUCAAAGCUUCCGCAGCCUGUUAGAAGCCCAUGAUGACGUAUUCGACCCCACCAUCACCGGGUACAAUGGCGCAGUUGGUCCAUUCGAAGCUGUGGUUAACAUGGGUCCGGUCCAACCCCCUCAACGAAAGGGUCGUGUUCCACAGUAUGCCCAUAAUAAAUUAGUAGAAUUGCAACAGAAAUUCGACGAACUUGAAGCUCAAGGAGUAUUUAAACGGCCCGAGGACAUUGGAAUAACAGUAGAGUAUCUAAAUCCCUCGUUCCUUGUUACCAAACCAACCGGUGGACAUCGUUUGGUCACAGCUUUUGCCGACGUUGGGCGUUAUAGCAAGCCUCAGCCAUCUUUGCUACCCGAUGUCGACACCACACUACGCACUAUUGCUCAGUGGAAGUACAUCAUAGUAACCGAUUUAACAAGUGCAUUCUACCAAAUACCGCUGUCGAAAAGCUCGAUGAAAUAUUGCGGCGUCGCCACACCGUUUCGUGGUAUACGAGCCUAUACACGCUGCGCGAUGGGAAUGCCCGGAUCAGAAACCGCCCUAGAGGAGCUAAUGUGUCGUGUACUGGGAGAUUGUCUGCAGGACGGUAUCGCAGCCAAACUUGCCGACGAUCUCUACUGUGGAGCUGACUCACCCGAAGCCCUUCUCGAGAAUUGGCGUCGCAUCUUACAAGCUCUUCAGAAAUGCAAUCUCCAUCUUUCCCCUUCAAAGACCAUUAUCUGCCCCCACUCGACUACCAUACUUGGAUGGAUAUGGACAGAAGGACGUCUAUCUGCCAGUCCACAUCGCAUUGCCACGUUGUCAUCGUGCCCCCCACCUGACACUGUUCGUGGUCUACGUUCAUUUAUUGGCGCAUAUAAAGUCCUGGGCAGAGUGUUACCCAAGUGUUCACACAUCAUAGCCCCACUGGAGAGCACCAUUGCAGGUCAACAGUCAGGCGAGCGCAUACUGUGGACAGAUACGUUACGCGAACAGUUCCGCUCUGCACAAACUAACCUCACUACACGGAAAUCCAUCACUCUACCACGACCAUCUGAUCAACUUUGGAUCGUUACUGACGGAUCAGUUACCAAACACGGCAUCGGGGCCACCCUAUACAUCACCCGCAACGAGAAGCUUCAUCUCGCUGGCUUCUCUAGCGCAAAACUACGAAAACAUCAAGUCUCCUGGUUACCCUGCGAAAUUGAAGCUCUUAUAGUAUCGCUGCCGCAGUUAAGCACUUCAGCCCGUUCAUUAUCCAAUCCAUCCACCAAGCAUGUCUAUUAACGGACAGUAAACCGUGUGUUCAGGGUUUUGAAAAAUUAUGUCGCGGCGAGUUUUCGGCGAACCCUCGAGUUACUUCCUUCUUAUCAAUCGUCAGUAGGUACCAGGUCAACGUUCGUCAUCUAGCGGGUACUGCCAAUGUUCCAUCAGACUUUGCCAGUCGCAAUGCACCAGAAUGCAAUGAGCCAAGAUGCCAGAUUUACAACUUCGUCGCCCUCACGGAAGAUUCCGUGGUCCGGUCCACAUCUGUUCAAGAUAUCCGCAGGUUAUCUGGUCUCCCAUUCACUACUUGCUCAGCCUGGAUUCAAAUCCAGUCAGAAUGCCCGGAACUCCGACGUACACAUGCCCAUCUUAAGCAAGGUACCCGUCCGUCUAAAAAGAUUACCAACAUCAAAGACGUAAAACGAUACCUUAACGUCGCUACCAUCGCGAAAGACGGUCUGUUAGUCGUACAUCGUCAAACUCCUCUCUCCCCGUCCAACGAUCUGAUUAUCGUUCCUCGCACUGUUCUAGACGGACUUGUGACAGCUUUGCACAUAAAACUAGACCACCCUUCGAAGCAUCAACUACAACUAGUCAUGAAACGCCAGUUCUAUGCUCUCGACAUGCCUCAAGUAAUCGAUCACGUCUGUGAAACAUGUCGUACAUGCGCAUCAUUACGCAAGCUCCCCGAGACUUUGACGAAACACACCUCGGAAAACCCACCAGACAUAGUUGGCGUAUCAUUUGCAGCUGACGUUCUCAGGCGGUGCAAGCAAGUCAUUCUGGUAUUGCGUGAGACUACAACAUCAUACACAUCAGCAAGCAUUAUACCUGAUGAAAAGAGCGCGACACUCCGUGACAAUUUAGCACGCUUAUGCGUUGGAUUACGACCACUAAGUGGACCACCCGUUACGGUUAGAGUUGAUCCCGCCCCAGGCUUUGUCUCUUUGAAAGACGACGGUAUACUCCAACAGCUUGCUUUGCAUAUCCAUAGAGAUCGGUCGCAUCAAAAACAGCAACAAGAACCCCGUAGCUGAAAAGGCAAUUGCGGAAUUAGAAGGUGAACUUAUUCGGCAAGUUCCUAACGGCGGACCAGUUACAGAACUCGGCCUGGCCAUUACUGUUUCACGACUCAAAGCACGCCUGCGCAGAGAAGGUAUAUCUGCGCACGAACUAUGGACACAAAGAAACCAAUUUACUCAUGAGCAACUUGGUAACGUAAUAGUUAAAACGAAGGCGAAGAAGAAGAAAAAAGGCCACGCCACAAUUGACAUUGUUAUUGUUAUAGUUAUGUUAAAGUUACAGUACGUCACACAUACAAUGACGUAUUCUGAUUAGCAUUAUUAAUAUGUUAAAGUUACAGGAAGUACGUCACAUCAGACAGUGACGUAUUUUGAUUGACAUUCGAACAGUGUUGACAAUAUAAAUAUAUUAAGGCCCGCUCGGCGCUUGCGAACAUCUGUGAUUUCGUGUUGUAUAAUAUAUCCUUUAUAUUGUGUUAUUCGUCUUGAGUUUUCUCUUAUUUAUUGGCGCUAGGCCUUCUCACGAAUUGUUUGCGGCAAGCAGCCGAUGUGAAAAUGCUGGAUAGCGCAGGCAUUUAAACAGCUUGACCGGCAAUGCGGUUAUUCCGGUUAAGUGCACCGAACAAUAAGCGCUACAGAGCUAACUAAGUGCGCUACUGAGUUAACUAAGUGCGCUACUGUAGGUCGAAAGUAGCUAGGGUAUUUGUUAGAACGAGUGAUUACCAGGGACGCCGGAAAGUCGAUAAUUGGGGGGGGGGCAGAUAUUCAUAUAUUCGUGUUCACAGACUGUAAAAACAAUCGCUUUCAAAGGAAAUAAAUGAUGCUGAACAUGAAUAUAUGAAUAUCUGCCCCCCCCCCCAAUUAUCGACAUUCCGGCGUACCUGGUGAUUACGCACUCCGCACAGAAGAUUCCCUCGCCACGAGCAAUAUUUGAAAUUUAAAAUCUCACAAGCCUCGGAAGAAAGCUCACGUUUUCUACAGGGGAAGACGUUCUUUCAAUUAAUUCCAGUUCUGUCUCGAAGUGUUGACUGAAAUCCAGUUCUAACGCCGUCGGUGAUAUCUUGGCCGUUACAGAAGGCAUUUUAUUGGCUUUGCAUUAUUUUUGUUUUACGUACAUGUCGCGAGUGGUUUCAAAUUCUUGCGGUCGCCGAAAUGGCACAGAUAAACACUAUGAGUUAUAAGUAUAUGGAAUUCCAUAAUAUUAUUGCAAAUUUUGGCCGCUUCACUAAUUUAAGGCCCGUUUACACGACUUUCAUUUUGGGUACGGUACGCUUAAAUCUUGGCAUGCGGACCCACGCUUUUUAGCCCGCCUAUUGCGUUUACACGACAAAAUGUUUGUUCUAAAAAUUUUGGGUUCGGCACGCCUAAACUGGGAAAGGCCCUCUUACAUUCAGAGUCAAAACCUUGACUUAAUAUGUUGAGCUAUAUUAUAAUUUUUUGGCGUAGCAAAAUGUGUAUUAAACUUUAUUUCGACCAUUAGAUUUACAUUUCAUUUCUACCAAUUUUCUCCGCUUUCUCCCGAAUAAAAUAAACAGAAACUAUAUUUUUAUUGAGUUAGUUUAAUUUUUUGUUUUAAGUGUUUCCAUUUCACUGCUAAGACCAGAAUUUCGUAAAAAACACAAAUAAGUUUGUGUAUUUCCGUGCAUGUAUUUUUUCAACGAUAAGUUUAUAAACUCCUGAAACCUAGCAAAAUACUUGUUGGUGCAUGAAAAGUCAUUGUUUUAAAGUGUUUUAUUUUCUAAGCUAGAUAUUUCAUUGACCUUCAUGGGGAUAAACAACUCGUGUAAUAAAGUCAUAUUUUUGGAUGCCAUUUUGAAAGCGUUUAAUUUCUGAACUCUUGAACUGAUAUUUAUAUAUUCUGUUUUAUUUCUUUGAAAAUUUGUGCUACAAGCCUACAACAUUGAUUCGCUGCAGGCUCACUGUAUGAUUAUGGUGUUCACCGAUAGCAUAUAUCGCCCUCGGCGAAUGAUUGUUAAUUAUGAAAUAACAAUAGUCUUCACCAUCACGUAUAUGCAUUGCUUAAAGGGAUAUGGCAAUAUAAAUAAAUUUGUCUUAUUUGAAAGAACAUUUAAAAUGAUUAUAAACUUCCUUUACAAUUAUUCCGUAUCGAUGUACGAUGCUAAUACAUUAGUAAGAAAGCAAAUAAACGAAUGUUUAGUCUGAGAGAAUGCCGUAGAGCGAAUCUUCCUCCUGAGGUCGGUAUUACAUGUUAUGAAUCCAAGAUUAGACCUGUUUUAGAAUAUGCAGCUCCGAUAUGGGGUGGUUUACCACAAUAUCUCAUUGAUGAAAUAGAGAGCAUUCAAAACAGAUGCAUCAAAAUCCUCGGCACAUCUCGGUGCAACUUUGAAACGCUAGAACAAAGAAGGGCACACCUAACUGUUAAGGAAUACCAAAGAAUUCUAAGUGAUCCGACCAACCCAUGUAAUAAACUUAUCCCCCAACCUUUUACACAUGAACACGAUCUAAGAACAACUAAUAAUCUACCAUAUGUUGUAUCGUAUACUAAAAGACACCGGCAAUCCUUUAUACCUAGAGCUAUAUCCCUUUUAAAACAGUCCUAAAUUAAUUUUAUAGAAUAUAUAACUAGUAUAAACAUUUUUAGCAACAUUGAUGUAAAUAAUAGUAAAAUUUCUUCUUAUCAAUUUUAACCUUAGCACUUCUUGUAAAUCCAUUGUACUUUUCUAACCAAAGAUGGAUAUUAAAUGUUAUUAUAUUACUUAUUUUUUUCAAAAGCAGCGUGCAUUCCGCCAUCUUGGAUAUGCAUUCAAUAUGCAUACGUCACAAGUAGGGCAAAAAGCGAAAUUUUUAUCUUGCAAACCACAUGUCAUUAUCGAUAUGAAACUCGAAUUUCCGACGCUUUUUUAGUACUCAAUAAACUUUUUAGUACUUAAAAACUUUUCGAAGAAAUUUAGUCCCACAUGAAGAAGUUUUAACAAGUUUUCCCUGCUUGUGACGUCAUCAAAAACUCAGUUAAUUAGGUCAAUUAUAAUACCAAGAUGGCGGACUGCACACUGUUUUUGGUCAAACUAUUUCGAAAACCAAGCAAGGUACGGAAAAGUUGCAAAAGGUCUACUUAUAUAACUUUAAAAGUUCUUUAAAAUAAGACUAAGUUAAUUUUUAUUGCCAUAUCGACAGUUCCUUUUCUCUUCGUUUUGCUGUGGACGUUGACUUGAGUGUAGCAAGAAUACCAGUUGAAUAUUUUAUUAAUAUUUAUGCAUGACCAUAAAUAUAUCGGAGCUCUUAUAUAUAGCUUCGUCUGACUACAUUUUCUCUCGACAUUUUGUUUGUAUAAAUACAAUAUUUCUGCAAUGUCAGAAACAAAACGCGUGCGUAACAAGUUUUGUCGUGUAAACGGGCCUUAAGAUGAAAAUUUUAUUCAAAAUGUACAAAAUAACACAAAUUAUUAUAUGGCUUUUCAAAAUUCUCUAUUCUGAUUGGUUGACAAACGGUCCGUAAAAACCCAUAUCCGGACCGUGGUCCGUAUUUUCCGUAUCUGGACCAGUGUCCCGGAUGUCGUUUAUCUGGCGGGAUAUUUUUGCUUUGCAAACAGAAAAAAUUCUUGCUUUUUAAUUUUCCAAUUGUGCAGUGUUGUAACGAGUCACCUACAGGUCGAGUCACGAGUCGAGUCGAGUCACUCAAAGGUCGAGUCACGAGUCGAGUCGAGUCGAGUCAUUUCAGUUUUUGAUCGAGUCGAGUCGAGUCGAGUCAGUGGCUUCACUCGAGUCGAGUCGAGUCGAGUCGAGUCAGCGGCUUCACUCGAGUCAAGUCGAGUCACUGAUUUACGUCGAGUCGAGUCAAUUUCUAGACUUUACUUGAGCUACUCCAGCUUGCUGUCGGAAAUUAGUAAUCAAAUUUGCGUUUUAAACUGAUUACUUUAGUCAUUUAAAUUAAUAACAGUAUCUGGGGAGCUAUAGGCUGUGCCAAUAUCACAGUUCCAGUCAACCACGUGAGAUGUCUCAUCAUACCUGCUGAUCGAGUGUACGUACAUACAAGUCAGAAUUAACAAAGAAUAGACUUUAAUUAACAACGCUUUGCAAGUUGAUUUGAAAUUAUAUAGCCCUUCAUAAAUACCAAAAAUGAAAAUAGCCUGUCAGAAUUAGUAUAAGUACAAAAUAUUUUGAGACUUAAUUUUAAAAAACUGUGGCACUAGCGUUGUUUCUAAAAACAGAAAUGUAAUGUAGGUAUGCCCGUCAGGAAUAUAUUCUAUGUAAAUCCCAUAUAUUUUCUGAUAAAGUUUCAAAGUUCUCAUUGUUUACAGGGCUCAUUGUUCUUCCCAAGCAAUACAAUCACAAUAAUUGUGAUGAAUUUACUCUGUACAAGUUGUAGAUGAGUUGACUCGAGUCAUUUACGGCAAAAUCAGCAAGUCGAGUCCGAGUCGAGUCAUUUGGGGCUGUUGACUCGAGUCGAGUCGAGUCAUUUUUCGUAUUGGACUCGAGUCGAGUCGAGUCGCUGAAAAUAGCGACUCGAGUUGACUCGAGUCAGAGUCAAUGACUCGACUCGUUACAACACUGCAAUUGUGUGUCAUUAAAAUUUACAGAUAAAAAUUUCAAACAACCAAAUUGUUUGUGAUUGAGCAUGCAUGCCUACCGUACAUUGUUAUCCAGUGAAACUGACGAUAGCCGAUUUAAUUCGCGCGAAAAGCAUAUGCGCACAGACUCACUUCAGCCAUAUAAUAAACCGAUUAUUACCUCGCUUGUUCGGUCUGUUAUGUGAAAUAUCAGACCUCUGUUUUUUGCAUGGACCUCGCUCCUUCGUCGCUCGGUCCAUACUGAAAACCUCGUUCUGCUAUUUCACAGUACAGACCUCACACUCGGUCAAUAAGCCGUUAUUACUCGGCUACUAAAUGGUAGUUGAACGCUUGGGCUGCUGUGACUUCCUCGUUUGAAAUAUCUAUUCUGUUAACAAUGCAGGCAGCCAUUAUUCAGGGAAAACAUACUAUCGUUGAAACUUGUUGCUGAAAUGCUUUAUAUAUCAAAAACAAUAAUGUAACCGUCUGAUAUACUAAAUGUUUCUUUUAGGUUCUGCGCCUCAGUAAAAUAUCCCUGGACAGCGGCUAUGUGAUGGAAUUGGUGUGCAACGAUUCCCAAAGAGUUUUAACGAGUGCCAAAUAUUUUUUUCCUUACGCUAUACGACAUGUUUUGUUUUGCGCAUGUGUAAUAUCAUGGCUGUUAUUCUUUAUUGGUUGGCAAAUUAUUCCCGGCGCCAUGUUUCUAUUGGCUGUCGGUGUAUCACGUGUGAUACUUAAUGAAUUCGACUAUAAAUUACGUAAAAGUGCUUCGCAGUUGUCAGACGAACGCCUUGGGGUCAUCCGAGAGACGUUGACCUUAAUAAAUUCUGUGAAAUUAAACUGUUGGGAGACAAUAUAUGAAGGGAAAAUUCGGAACACUCGGCGGUAAGUGAAUACGUUUCCGUGUUCAUAGAUGUUGGUGGCGCUGUAGUCCCCGAGCCAACGGCGCGGUGUUGGUGGCGCUGUAGUCCCCGAGCCAACGUUCCGGGCUUAAGCCCGGGGCGAGGGUACCAAUUCCGCCCGGCUAUUUACACCCGGGGAAAUGAAAGCAUUAGCGAAGUCUAAAGUUCAUCAAUGAUCGCGGGUGUGGGUGACCAACGGUGGGUGGUCAUCCUCACUGAUAUCAAAAUAUGUGGCCGAGUGUCAUGAAUAGCGAACACUGAUUGGUCAAAUUUAAAAUUUGUUGUUGUAUGACAAAUGACGACAGCGAAAUAACAAACAUUUCUUGCAACUGUAUUGUAUUUUUGCAAGAUUUUGCAAAUUUCAAAACAUUUUCGAAAGCCAAAAACCGUCUAAAAACGUCUAAAAGAAUGAAGCAAAGUCGCCGACGUUAAUGAAGGUAAGUUUGUUUUUAGCAUUGCCGUAUUAUUUGCUUUAUAAUUGAUUUAAAAACUGAUACGAUCGGUUGCGUAUGGUAAAGUGAAAAUAAUUUCACAUUAUUUCAGUGUAUUUUUAUUAAUAUUACGUAUACCCUUUUUUGUAAACUAAAAUAUUUAAAUAAAGAGGAAAGCAAAGUUAUUUUCAUGCAAGCAUUUGAAAUCAGUUUAUUUCAAUUUUCAAACUCGAUGAAAACGUUUUGCGAAGCGUUUGUGGUUGAAUUUUGUAUUAAAUUGAAGCUUAUAUUACGUAUAAUAACAUACCUAGCAUAUAUAUGUUUGGAAAAAUUGAUCAUUUUGUAAUUAAAAAUGAUAUUUUGGGGGGAUUUUUCAAUUUUAAAACUAUUCUUAAAAUUAUCGUGUUGCCAUGGCAAUACUUCAUGUUUGGAAAACAUAAUGGUUUUGUCAGCAAGGCGAGGGUUUCUGCAUGCAUAUAUUUUCUAGUUAAAGGAUGUAAUCGGGGUUUGAUUCCGGCAAUAGACACCUUAAGAUUGACGUUACGUUUACGGCAAACGUCAAACCGCUAGCGAAGUUUUUGAUUUUACAACUCAAUUAUAAUAGCUUUUACACCAGUUUUGAAAUAUGUUGAACUUAUUAAACUUGUGCUCUUUAGGAAUGAUUUAAGAAAGCAAUUAACCACUAGUCGUGUAUUCACCAAAGCAGUAAAAUAAGAUCUGCCGUUUGAAGUUGACGUUUGGCGUAUAAAUUUCAUACUUGAACUGCUAUGAGGGCUUGUAGUCGUUCAAGCAUGAAAUUUAUACGCCAAACGUAAACUUCAAACGCCAAAUCUUAAUUUACUGCUUUGGUGAAUACAUUAUUAGUGGUUCAUUUGCUUUCUUAAAUCAUUGGUAAAUACCACAAGUUUAAUAAUUGUUUAAUAUAUUUCAAAAUUGGUGUAAAAGCUAUUAUAAUAGAGUUGUAAAAUCAAAAACUUCGUUAGCGGUUUGACGUUUGCCGUAAACGUCAAUCUUAAGGUGUCUAAUGUGCAGUUGUCUCCUGUGGCACAGUCGUCAGAGCAAGCGCCUUUGCCCUAUCUGAUCGAACACCGCGGAAAAACGUCUGCGCAUGCACCAAAUUAUGAAAAUAUGGCGGGGAAUUUGAAUAUCAAUUUCUAAAACAAAAACAUGCUUAUUAAUUGGUCAAAAAUUAGUAAAACAAACGAGAAAAUAUAGCAAAUGGGUAGACUAGACAUUAAUUGAAAGCGUCCUAGCAUUUAAAGUAUGGAAUGAAAUAUAAUUCAUGUAAAAAAUUGUUGAUUUUAACGGACACGACUUCGAAAAUUUUUGCAAAAUUAUUCAAAACAAAAAUUCAAACUAAAAAGUUAAGAAAACUCUCGAAAAGUUAAGCUUCUUAACCCACUCAAAUUGUAGAAUAAAUCCUAAAGUUUAAUUAUUGUGAACACGAAAAUUUUUUAUAUUUGGCGACACAGUUUUUUUUAAAGAAAUGUAUCUCAAACGAAAAUUCGGAAAUUGUCGUUGCUUAGUUGAUAAACAAAAUGUUUCAGACGAUAAAUUUGUCAACAAUCACCUUUAGUUCAUAUUCUUGUACAAUACAAUUUCUUGAACCUUCUGGCUGUAUUUAUUUCUAGUUUUUAGAAUGACAUGUUUAUUUUUGCGCUCGAAAUCUGGCUGUAAAGACGCACAAUGAAGUCACUCCUUUUUACCGCCAUUUUGAGCCUUCGGAAACGUUCGGAACAGCUUCUCAUCAAGUUCGCAAUACUAUUACAGGUAAGGUUGACGCAUGCGCUGACGUUUUUCCGCGGUGUUAUCUGAUCGUGGGUUCGAUUCUCUUGUUGCCCACUCAUGUGAAAAGAGUCAGUCAAUGCUCUGCCGAAAGUUGUAGGUUUUCAUCGACUUCUCCGGUUUCUCUCACAGAGAAAUUUGAAAGGGUGGGUUAGGUUAAACGCAGUUAAUUAAGAAAGUAAUAUCACAGUUGUUGCAAAUAGUCUAGGCUAAGCUAGUGUAGAAUUACUAGGUAAUACUUGAGGUAAAUGUAAAAAUGCGCUACAUUAAUCUCAAUUUUAAAGGGAAGUGGCAAUAUAAAUUUUUAUUUCCUCGUUUGAAAGAACUUUUGAAACUAUAUAUUAACUUAUUUUACCGACUUUUAAUAUCUUGCUUAGUUCUUGAAAUAUUUUCACUUGAAGUAAUGAGAUGUCCGCUAUCUUGGAUAAAUUUUUUAUCUUAUUAAUUAAUGGUAGUUUUGGUGACGUCACAACAGGGAUUAGCCGUAUAAAUGUAUUCGUUGCUGACCAAAUAUUGAUUGGUAGAUGUUUUAAAGGUUUUGAGUGAUCUUGAUAUUUCGAAGGGCAGACAGAGUACAGUUUUGAGUAUAGAAUGAUUAGUGGUGGCCCAGAUAAAAAUAUUGCGUGACCCCUGUUGUGACGUGCAUAUCUGCAAAAAUUGAAGAUGGCGGACAUUUCCUUCAUUUCGAUCAAAACAACUAUUUGUAGAAGUAAGCAAGAUAUCGAAAAAACGAUAAAAGAGUAUUAUUUAUAGUCUUAAAAGUUCUUUCAAAUGAGAAAAUAAAAAAAUAUAUUGCUAUUUCCCUUUAUUAAACUUAAUUGAUCUUAUAAUGUUGAACAUUGUAGUUACGACUUCGUUGCAUGUAGAAAUAGGUGUUCCACUUUGACCAUACCAAACUGUACUGCUGCACUUUUAACACUGGAGCACAGUUAAUUGAGCCGCAGGCAAAGUUACCGCAGAGCUGCAGACGAAAAUAAAACCUUUUUCUUUUUCGUUUUAGGCAAGAGAUUGUAUCAAAAGCCAAGCGUUGGAUAAUAAUGCUGACAUCCUAUUCGUUUAUAUCAUGUGGACAACACUUAGGCACUUUCAUUACAGUGUUUGUCUUAGCUCUCACACAAAAGGAAAAGAUUCCAAACCUAAAUUUUUUCGCGAUGAUCGUCUUACUUCGCGAACUGAGCGAAAAACUAUGCCUGUGUUUGCCAACUUCGAUCAGUUACAUUACAAAUGUCCGCGCGGCCUUUCAACGCAUGGAAUCAUUUCUGCAACGGAAUGAUUCUUCGAAUUUUGGACUUGAUUCGAAACGCUCUGUUCAAAUCAAUAUUAUUAAAAACAUUCCUGAUACAGCCAAAAAAGUCUCUGUGAAAACUCCUCUUGUAUGCACUGAAACCUACACAUCUAUAGAAGAACAAAAACACUUGCAAAAUAAAGCAUUACAUGAAGUAACGAACAAACCUCGUCAGCACGACCCACCAUAUCUUAGCUUACACGAAGUAACCUGCAGACUUCCUUCACGAGUUUCACGCCAGUCUCCCGAGUCAAAUUGCACGGAAAUAUUGAAGGACAUCACAUUUAACGUAGCUACUCCGGGAUUGGUGUUAGUCUGCGGUCCGGUAGGCAGCGGUAAGUCGUCGCUAUUGUCAACCGUUCUUGGUGGAGAACUCCUGGUAACAAAUGGCUUCGUCAAGUACUCGGGAACUCUCGCUUAUGUUUCGGAUACCCCUUGGGUUUUCUCUGGGACUAUCCGUGAGAAUAUAUUAUUUGGCUUGCCUUACAAUGAAAAAUUGUAUGCUGAAGUGAUCACAGCUUGUCAACUGGAAAAGGAUUUUAAAACAUUCCCUCAAAACGACUUAGCUCUUAUCGGAGAACAUGGUGCAACAGUAAGCGGUGGUCAGCGGACACGUAUCGCUUUGGCACGUGCAACAUACUCACAGGCCGAUAUAUAUUUACUGGAUGAUCCACUCAGCUCCUUAGAUGUAAAUGUCGCCGAGAAUGUCUUUCGGUUAGUAUCUUUCAAUGAGAUAUAUUAUUAUUAUUUAUAUUACUGUCCAGACUCUAG